AUGUCGAAUUCAUCAGAUCAAAUCAUUGAUGAUUUAUUAAUCGGAUCAGAUGAUCUUCAUGAUUUCUCACUUUCGGAUCCUUCGCAACUUAUGGAAGAUUUAGCUAUGAUGAUCAGCCCUUUUUUUGUUCCACCUGAUCUCAAUAUGGGAACUCCAUCACCUUCUUCAUCAGGAAUUGGUUCUGAUUCAAAUGAUCAAGAAUCAUUGAGUAACAUUGCUCCACCAACAAAUAUGCAAUCAAAUACAACACGUCUAAAAAUAAUAGCUCAACCAUAUUAUGGUGGAAAAUUACGUUAUCGUUCCGAAUUUGACAACAAUAUCAAUCGUUUAGGUGUUCUUAAAAAUCGAAAUAAAGAGUCGAAUUUCCAAGGUCCUGCAAUUCUGAUUCCUGAGGAGUAUGGAAAACCAAAUGAUGGAUAUUAUAUCCGUAUUUCUCUUGUAACAGUUACAUACAAUAAAACAAAUCUACACUAUUUUCAUCCCUAUGAACUUGAACAUCCAACGAAUAAGCAUAGUAAUGAUGCAUAUAAUAAUGCUGUUUGGUUACCGAUUCAGCCAGAAGAUUGUCUUUCGGGUACUAAAAGUUUUCCAUCAUUACGUAUUGUAAAAAAACGAGCUUGUCAUUUACAAACUUGUUCAAAUUUACGUAUAUUUGAUUGUCAUAAUCAAACAUUACAAAAUAAUUCAUUUGCACAAUUUUCUCGUGCAAAAGACAUAAUUGAUGAAUAUAAUCUGGAUAAAAGUCAAUUAGCAUUUACUGUUGCAAAAAAAGUAUCUACUGAUGGUCAAACUAUGUUUCAACUUUAUCCAGAUACAACUGUUUAUUCCGAGGAAAUGGUUGAAGGUGUUGAUAUAGAAUCAACUGUUGACAAUAGUAUACACUCAACAACCGCAAAAACCAAUUCAUCAACUUCUAACUGUCGUGUCUAUAAAUAUGCGCCUAAAUGGGGUUACGAUACAAGUAAUGAAGACAUGCUUAUUUUUUUAACAAAUAAACUUGAACCAAAGAAAUAUGGAGAAUUAAAAAUCACGUUUGAAUGCGAUCUACCAAAUAAUCAUUGGUCACAAUCAAUUGAUAAUAUUGAUAUUAAAGAUCGAAUGAUAUCAUUUAAAACACCAGCAUUUCCAUAUCCAUUCGAGAUGGUACGACAAGUUAAUGUUAUAUUGAAACAAAGUAAUCGUACUUUAGGAACAUUAACAUAUUACUAUAUGUCAGCAUUGAAUCAAUGUUCAAGAUGUCAAUCAAAUGCUGUUGAUAAUCGAACUGAUCUAGUGCCAAAUGUACCAAACAAACGUUUAAAUUCUAUGAUCAUCAUGCAUGACAGUGAAAAUGAUAGUCUUGUACCGGAUUCGAAAAAUUCAGAUAAAUUUCAACAAUCACUAUCAGAACCAGAAUCAUCCCUAUCAACAGUCACUACAUCGAAUUUUGCUUCUUUACCAUCGCUACAUAUUGAUCAAACAAGUAAAGAUAUCAAUGAAAAACUGAUAGAGAAACUCUAUGCUGCCACUGAAUUAUUAUUUCUAAACAAUGAUUAUACUCCACUUCUACGUAUAUGUCGUUCAUUCGUUAAGAAACGUCCACAAUUACUUCAUGAUGCUCUCAUUAAGAAUCAUUCUGAUCUUUUAUUAAAAUUUAUACCAAUUGCUUCUAUUGAUAUUCUUCAACAAAAAAAUGAACUUAAUGAAACUUUUCUCUUACAUGCUUUACGUCUAAAUCGUAUAGAAAUUAUUCAAGCUUUAUUGGAACGAAACAAUUCGGAAGAACUUAUUGAAUAUAUUGAUGAAAAAAGAAAUAAUAUUUUUCAUUUAAUAACAUCAUAUUCGAUUUCAUCAGAAGCACUUGAUCUACUAAUUAAUUAUCUUCAUGAAAAAUCAAUUUCGAUUCAAGAAAAGUUUGACUAUGUUAAUCAAGAUUAUCAAACACCAUUACAAUUAGCAAUUUGUAAUAAUAAUCUAUUAGUUACAAAAUCUCUUUUGCAAUAUUUUAAUACUAAUAUACAUGAAAUAAAAAAUCGCACAGGUGAUAAUCUUAUUCAUCUUGCAGUUCGUCAUGGAGAUUUAGCAAUGGUUAAAUGUUUAAUUGAAGAAGGUAAAUUAAUUAAACAAGGAAAUCAAUCUAAUUUAACAAUGACACCAAGUGAAUUAGCUCGAUCACUUAAACAUCAUGAUAUAAUGAAAUAUUUAAAUGAAACAUAUCCUCAGGAAGAUAUUGAUGAUGAUGAUGAUGAUGAUACUAGUUCAGAUGAUAAUUAA